GAAUUGAAAUACAAAAAGAAUAUAAUGAAAAAGAAAUGAAAGAGGAAUCCAUGAAUGUCCAAAUUCCUAAUCACCUUCCCAAAAAGGAAAAUGCAACCAUCUUAGAAUUCUUCCCACUAAUUUUAUUUCCACCUUCAACAAACCUCACCUUCUCCAUUCCUACCUAACAAUAAACCUCAAAAUCACACAACAAAAAUAAAUAAAAUCACACUUCAAAACCAAAAUCUUUAUAAAAAAAAACAGCUCAAAAAAUUUUCAGCUAAAUUGUUUUCUUCAGUUAAAGCUUACAUCUUUAUUUAAAAAAAUGGAGGAAUCAACCCUCCAAAACUACAGACCCACCAACUGUUUAAGAAACUAUUUCACUUCAAAUUUUUCUCGUUGUUUUCCAUUAACACCUUGCAUCAAUGGCGGAUAUUCGGAGCUUCGAAUUGAGGAUGAUUCCGAUGAUGGGUCAUCGGAAAAUCAUGUUUACUGUAAACCCUUUGUUGUUCUUGAUGUAAUUUGGAACUUGGGGUUUGUUUUGGUGUCUGUUUUUGUGUUGUUUUCCACCAUUAGAGAGAAACCUUCAAGCCCUUUGAGGGUUUGGAUUGUUGGGUAUGCUUUACAGUGUCUUAUGCAUGUGGGGUUUGUUUAUUAUGAAUUUUUCCGUCGCCGGAAUCAUGGUGGUUCGGGCCGGGUUUCGGCGUUGGAAGGUCAGUCUUACUCAAGUGUUAUGAAGAGAUUGGAAUCAGUGAACACAGUAGCAUCAUCGUUUUGGUGGGUAUUUGGGUUUUACUGGAUUGUUUCAGGUGGUCAAUCCCUUUUACAGGAUUCUCCACGCCUCUAUUGGUUAGCUGUAAUAUUCCUGGCACUUGAUGUGUUCUUCAUGAUAUUCUGCGUAGGAAUGGCCUGUAUAAUUUGCCUUGCUCUCUUUUGUUGUAUCCCGGUUGUGGCAAUUGCUUAUGCCAUGACAAUUAGAGAAGGAGCAUCUGAAGACGAGAUCAGACAACUUCCAAAGUAUAGGUUUCACCAGUCUCAUGCGUCAAGGAUAUCAGCAAACACGGAUGCUGUUGACGAACUAGCCUUGCAGUUUGAAGAUUCUGAAUGCUGCAUUUGCUUAUCUCGAUACAUGGAAGGAGCGGAAUUAUGCACUCUUCCAUGCAAUCACAGUUUCCAUUAUGGAUGCAUCAGCAGAUGGUUGCGGAUAAAUGCUACCUGCCCACUUUGCAAAUAUAAUAUCAAGGCCAAAGGUGAUGCAUUGGUCUGAUAGACAUGCUCCCUGAAGCUGUGAUUAUUGGUGCCUCGGCUAAGUCUUCUCCCUUCGAAACUGUUGGAGAUCAGAAGUCUUAACUGUUACAUCUCAAUGAUCUGUUGGCAGCUACUGACAGAUCAUGUAGAAAGGCAAUUUGUAGAGAGAACUAUUUCCCCCGGCUUGUGUAGUCUUAACUGUUAAACUAGUGUAAAUAGCCAAUUUCCUAGUCAGGCUUCUUUCUGUGUUGCCCACCAUAGCAUCAUUUUUCUUGGUAAUUUUGAUCUUGAAGCAACUGACCAUUGAGUUGCUGUUGAA